AACGAGUCCCGUCAUCCGAAGACGACAAUGCAAGUGGCGGUGGUUCCACACGCCUUCUCUCUCUUCCUCCCCUCUACUCGGCCUCCCCGCUCCCUCAUCUUCCCCCGACGGUUACGCUCUUUCUCCCCCUCUUCUCCGUGGGAUUCCGCUGACGCCGGCGAUGACUUCGUUGUCGGCGACUGUCUCGUCUUUGAGGACGGCGUCUUCGAAGACCCCCUCCGCGACCACGGCGUUCGUUUCGUCACUGCUCCUGCCGAGGAGUCCCGGAAGACGAGGAGACGGAGCGCAGCGAAGACGAGAGGAGAAUCUGAGAUCGAGCCGCAGAACCUGGUGCCGGAAGAAUGGAGGGAGGUGCAAGCUGAGGUCAAUUUGACGAAGAAGGAGAAGCGGAAGAUCGCACAGCAGCUGGAGUUCGGUGUCCGGGUGGAGAAGAAGAAGCAAGCUCUGACUCCACUGAGGGAUGUCGACCUCAAAGAAUAUCUGAUCUACAAGGAAGCCAAGUUGGCUCAAUUGAAGCCUGUGGUUCUCGAUAAACCCACCAGUUUUCCAGACGACGGAGAGACUGGUGUUGCUUCUUCGAGCGAGCGAGUCGCUCCGAAGAACCCUAGAUGGGCUGUUUACGGGAGGGGGUUCGAUCAUGUCACCAAGUUAUUCAAUAGUGAAAAUUACGAGCCCGGUGGCAAGAAAUCCGACGGCCCUCCUAGGAAGCUGUUCACAAAGGAAGAAAAAGUUCUACUGAACAGCCGCAUUCCUGACCUUGCUGUGUCCACCUCUAAAAAAUGGCUGCCUCUACACACACUGGCUGCGUCAGGGGAGUUUUACCUUGUUGAUUCCUUGCUGAAACACAAUGUCGAUAUCAAUGCAGCUGACAUGGAUGGUUUGACAGCACUUCAUAGAGCUAUAAUCGGUAAAAAACAGGCCAUUACAAACUAUCUACUGAGAGAAUCAGCUAACCCGUUUGCUCUUGACGAGGAAGGUGCAACCAUGAUGCACUAUGCAGUGCAAACGGCAUCAGCUCCCACAGUCAAGCUUCUUCUGCUGUAUAACGUUGACGUAAAUGCUCAAGACAAAGAUGGGUGGACGCCCCUGCAUGUUGCAGUUCAGGCGAGAAGAGCCGACAUUGUCAAACUUCUGCUAAUAAAAGGGGCCAAUAGAGAUGUGAAGAACAAGGACGGAUUAACGCCACUCGGCCUGUGCCUCUACUCCGGACGAGACACUAGGACGUAUGAGUUAAUCAAGCUGUUGAAAGAGGUCCCCCGUAGCAGACGCAAGAGCGCUCUCACUAAGGGAUGAAUCUAUUCAAACAACUGAACAUGUAGCAUGUGUAGUCAUUUCAAGCGUGGUAAUGUCAGACAUUGGUUCACAUCGUUGACGAAAGGACUGGACAAUGGCAGAGUGAGGGUGUAGAAGUGGAGGCGCCAUGGACACUAAGCAAUGAUUCUUGAAGGCGAUAUACAUGGGAAUUUAAAGAUAAAUGGAAGGAUCUGUAGUGCAUAUCAGAUUUUGUAGAUGUUUUGUUUUAGGUGUAUGAUAUAAUCAGAGAUUGUUGGAGACCCAACUCGAGAAUUUUGAGAUGGGGAUGGGCUGUAGGAAAAGGGCCUUGGGCCCAUCUAGGUUCUUCGGUAUGUUAUUAUAAAAUCUGAAUUUCCAACUUUGGGCCUUUUGCCCUUAUCGGUAAAGAUGGCUUGUAAUUGUAAUUGGUGGGUGGGUGCCUAAUACCGUCAUGUUCAGAAACUAUA